AUGGCGACCGAACCUGACAGAAAUCACUUCGAUACUACGUCAUGCGAAAGUACAGUUGUCGGGGAAUCAAAUCACAAGUCUCUGGAAGAGCCUGUGAUCUUUGCCGUCAAACCUGCAGAGUUUGAUAAACCAACCAAGAAGUGGAUAGUCAAAGUCUACUACGAGCAUGAACUGAGUCUCGAUGACUAUGAAAUCGAAGAGAUUCAAUCGGGUAUCCCGGAAUCAAAGGACAGCCUAGUUGAGGUUAUCAUUCGCUAUCGGGGAGAUAACAUCUGGGUAACCGUUCCUCGUCAAUAUGUUGCAGCUCGUGAGCUAGUUUGA